UGUGAGCAGAUUGGAGUCGACCGGAGCGGACGACAGCUUAAAUCAGAGUACGGGAUGUGGAAGACCUGCAAGUGAUGUUCGUUAGCGCCAUCAGUGGGAAGCAGAGUGGGACAAGGGUUUAGAUGAGACUUUAGGCCAGGGAAGAGCGCUACUGCAAUCGACAGGGAGAGGGGUUUGCAGAUAUUCUGUGAGGUUUGCAGGCGGUGGACGUCUCGAGCGGAGGGAGGGAGAUUUGAGCUUCUUCUUGCUGCGGGCAGGAGAAAGAUGGGGUGGAAAGCGGCGCAGCAGGUGUUCAAGCACUGGAGAAUUUUGCGCGGAGAUACGGUGAUGAUCAUGGGGGGCAAGGACAAGGGACAGACCGGGAAGGUGCAGCAGGUUUUGCGGUCGAAGAACAAGGUGUACAUCGAGGGGAAAAAUCUGGUCAAGAAGCACAUCAAAGGAAGAGGCGAGAAUCCGGGAGGAAUUGUCACCAUGGAAUCCCCCAUUCACGUCUCCAAACUGCAGCACAUCGAUCCGGUGACUAGUUCGCCCGUUCGGGUGAUCUUUCGAUACCUGGCGGAUGGCAGCAAAGUCCGCGUGACCACGGGGGGCACAUCCUCCGGGAGUGUCAUUCCUCGUCCCGACAUUUUGAAGGAGAGGAGGACGCUCCUUCCUGUCAAGCCCGGGACCAAGGACACUCUCAAAGAGCAUGUGUUGGAGCGCACCUUUGAUCCCUCGACAGGCGAGGGCGGCCUCCCGUCCUUCAUGAGCUCCUAGAUCGAACGCCCGAGACUCGCACGCCAUUCCGCAUUCUCAAUUUAGCUUCUUUCUAGGUCGGAGGAAUUUGGGUCACACUCACGGAGCAAUCUUGCGAUCCUUUCUACGGCAAAUUUUGUCUCCGCGGGGACAUCAAGGGAGGAUAUUAGGGCUACAGAUUUGGCCGUACACUGCGGUCAAUUUGGAAGGAAUUGAUGGACGUUUUGAUCCAGAGCAGCCACUCCCGCGUACUAUCUGACUCUUUGACAAACAAACGAUUCAGGUCUGUCUGAUCGCCCGAGGCAUCUUCUGUGCUCUGCACAAUGCUGAGCCUUUCGGUGGAUCAACAAUUUCUUUGAAUUGAAGGUGUUUCACGCGUAGCUUCGUGCGUUCUUCGAGAGAAGUUGUGCACAUGGGGAUUAAAUGAGAAGAUUAUCAC